AUGGCGACUCAGGUGUUGAUCGCCCACACGGGCCAGCGCCUGCAGGUCGACACCACCCGGUUCUCUUCCAUUGACGAGUUCAAGGCUUCGGUCUCCAAGCAAACAUCGAUCCCGUUACCACAUCUCGUAGCCCUUACUCCCCACGGAAAGGGCGUCAAAUUACAGACGAUACGCGAAGAGGCCGAGAUAUACAUCUACGACCGAAAUCUAACACAAGCAGACCCCUCCGAUCCCAAGACACCCUCCGUCCCCGAGUUGCCGAACCCCAAACGAUAUGCUGUUCCCAAGGCGCCGGACUACAUCGAUGAUACCCAUGAUAUGUCGUCAUGGCAGAAGCUCUGUCUCGAACGUAGGGCAUGGGCCUUGGGCAUUGCGGACGACUGUGCGCGACUCGCAACCGCUGCCCGAGAACGAUAUGGCGAAAUGGACGUCAUGAUCAAGUGCCUCGAUGCAGCUGUCGUGAAUCUGGAACAUAGCGUGAAACAGAUCGAGCCGAAGUACGCCGAGUUGAAGAAGUGGGCCGCGCCCGCUCUGGAAGAGCAUGUACGGCUGGCGGCCAAUUGGGAGAAGUGCCUCUCCGUCGCCCGGUCUGUGCCGAUCUCAGCCGCGAUGGUCAAGUUCAUGACAGGGAAGGAUAUCAAGAGGAAGCAGGCGACUUUGGACGACCUCCUUGAGCUGGACACGGCCAAGAAAGCCGGGUCGCUCGCGGCGACGUCGGAAAGGAAAUUCGGCGAAAAGGUCCAGAGCCUGGACAAGGCGGCGAACACGAUGUAUCGUGGUCUGGAACAGCUUAUUUCCGAAUUCGACGGUCUUGUGAGCCGCUCCGCCCUGACACAUAGCGGCGAAGCCGACCAGCUCCUCCAAGACAUCGAAGCCGUAGCGAAGAAGAUCCAUACGGAUGCCCAGAUGGUGCAGGAGUACACCAACAGGCAGCGUGAUCUCUCCCAGGCGUCCAAGGCGGCCCAAAACCAGACGGAGCGCCUGCUUCCGACCCUGAAGCGGCGCGCCCAGGAGAUGGACGACAUGGUACACUACGCAACCGAAGCUCGGAACGCCAUAGCGGCCGAUAGCGUGCGGUGCAUGCGCAGCAUCACCGGCAUCACAUCCCUGCACAGCAACGUCAAGAGCCAGAUGAACAUCUUGAACCAGUCUGAGGAGGACAUGGCCACGUUUGAUUAUCUGCGCCUGAUCCAUCAGCUGCCGUACAUGUACGCCUCGUUCGUCUCGGAAGCGAUACGCCGAAGAGAGUGGGCCGAGAAGAUCAAGACCGAUUCGUCCACACUGGCCAACGAGAUGGCGCUCUUCCAGGACGAGGAGGCCAAGAGGCGAAGAAGAUGGCACAAGAUGGUCGGCAGCACAUACGGUCCCGAAGAGUCGGGCACGAGCAUCCUGGGGUUGGAGGUCAACCUCCUUGGCGAAGAAGAGGAGUGGCCAAACAUGAGCAAGGUCGACCUGGAGGAGUUCUUGGACCAUCUCCGACAGAAGGCCGCCGAGGCCGCCAUCGUCGAGGAGGUGUCCAAACUGGCGCAAGAGCUAAAGGGCCCGACGAAACAACAAUCAAAGCGCCUCAAGGCUUUCAAGAACGGCAGCAUACACGAGGCGGCCCUGGGACGCAGCGGCCUCAUGAUUCGCGGCGACGAUGAACUUCUCCGAAGUCUGCAAGAUGACAAAUCCAAGCUCGAGAACAAAGUAAAGACGGCCGAGAGCCGGGUUCGCAGGCUGGAGGAUCUACUUCAUAGGAGCCAGACCAGCCGCCCCAGCCUGGGAUCACUGUUUGGCCACGAGCGGAAUGAUUCGACGUACUCGCUCCAGUCGCCUACGGUGGCGAACUCGGACGACCGCCGCUUCUCUUCGACCGGGAUCGAGUUUCAUCAGCAAAGGAUACGGCAGCUCGAAAACGAACUGGGCGCGGAGAAGGAACGCUCGGCAGCCCUCGAGAAAGAGCUCGGCGCUCGUACCACGCAGCACGACGACAUGAAGGGCCGGAUGGAGGAGGUCAAUUCUACCAAGAAGGACCUCCUCGGCAACAUGGAAGCCUUGAAGCGGGAAUUCACGGAGGAGCGCAAAUCCCUUGAAGCGGAGAUCAAGCUCCUCAAGGCCCGCAUCGAAGACAACGAAGAUGAGAUGGAGCACCUAGGCGAAUCGAGGGAGCACGAAAAGGCCACUUACGACCAGAGGGUGGCGGCUCUGGAGCAUGAGAUUCACAGGCUCCGCAAGGAGAAGCAGGACGAGACGCUCAAGUCACAGGGACAGGUCGAGUUCCUUCGGAACGAGAUGCGACUACAGCGCGAGCGCAACGGGGCUCUUGAGAGGAGCGUGGAAACCAUCACGGAAGAGAACAAGGCUCUCUCGAGCGAUCUUCUUGCCGCACAGGAUGCCAGCAAGACCCAGCUCGGAGCGCUUCGGGACCUUCAUGACCAGCUGUGUUCGGACGACGGUACCGAUGCGCCCGCUGAUGCUGCUGACUUGAUCGACGUCCUCGCCUCUCGUGCUGCCGAGGUUGUCUCCAGGCUGAGAAUCACGGAGAACGACAUGUCGGCACUGAAGUCGGACUAUGACCGGUCACAGGAGCAUGUCCAGUCCCUGAAGUCGGAGUUGGCAGAGACGCAGGAACGUCUGACGGCCGAGGAGGAUUCUGCUCGGCGACUUCGCGAGAGCCUUUCGGAAGAGAAGGCCAGGGUUGCCGCCCUGGAGAAGGACAGAGAGGACGGUCGGAGCCAGUUGAGUCAGCUGCGGGCUCGGCUUUCCGACGGGGAGACGGGCUCGGAGAGCAUGCGGAAGCGCCUCGACGAAGAGGAGCGACGAGUGACGGCGAUGAGUGAGGAACUGGCGUUGAAGCAAUCUCAGGUCGGCAGCCUCUCGGAGGAACUCCGGCUCUCCAACGAGAAGCUGCACAAGUCACAAGGGAGAGUGACGGAUCUGACGGGUCGCUUGGACGCCCGCACCGAACGGGCGAAAGACCUGACACAGCGGCUCUAUGCACAGAAUGACCGUUUGUGCCGGCUGCUGGAGCGUCUCGGAUUUGCAAUUUCUCGCGAGGGCUCCUCCAUGACGAUUCAGAAGGUCCCUCGAUCGGAGCGGGGUUCCAUGAGCCAGACACAACAUGGGAACGAUUCGUUCGAUCCGAACCAGUCAUCGUCGGUUCGUCGGUCCGUCACUCUGGGCAGCCGUGCCCUUGCCGAUAGCGCGGAUCUGGAGCUCCUGUACUGGACGAAUAGCACCGAGGAGGAAGACGAAACGGAGAAAUACGAAGCCUUUGUGAGCCAGCUGGGCAGCUUCGACAUGGAUCUGGUGUCGGAGACGGUGUAUCGGCGCGUGAAAGACGUCGAACACCUGGCGCGGAAGCUGCAGCGGGAUGCGCGGGCGUACCGCGAGAAGGCCCGGACGCUGCAGAAGGAGGCGCACGAGAAGAUCGCGUACAAGCAUUUCAAGGAAGGAGAUCUCGCCCUGUUCCUCCCGACGCGUAACCAGGCGUCGGGGGCAUGGGCGGCCUUCAACGUCGGGUUCCCGCACUAUUUCCUCCGCGAACAAGACGGGCACCGCCUCCGGUCUCGGGAAUGGCUGGUGGCGCGCAUCACGCGGAUCGAAGAGCGGGUGGUGGAUCUCUCGAAGACUCUGCAUAAGCAGCAGCAGCAGCAGGCGCCCGACCCGGACGCGGCGUCGUCGGCCAACGGCGAGGAGGACGACAACCCGUUCCAGCUGUCGGACGGCCUGCGGUGGUACAUGAUCGACGCGCACGAGGAUAAGGCCGGCGCGCCGUCGACGCCCGGGCUGGGCAAGUCCACGACCGCGGCUAAUAACGUCGAGGCGCGGGCGGACAUGCACCUGCACGCGCACGGGCACGGCGGCGGCGCGGGGGGGAGGGACAAGCGCACGAGCGUGCACAGCAUCGAGGGCGUCAGCAAGGUGCUCACCAAGAGCCUGGAGAGCCGGCGCAGCAGCUCCAACUCGAAGAAGGCGUUGCCGUUCUCGGGCGCGGGGCUGCUCAAGGGCAAUGCGGUCGCUAGCGAGACCAACUCGAUCCGGGCGGCGGCUUCGGAGACGCCGCUGGGGACGAGCCCGCCGGCACAGGACAGCCCUGUGCUUAUUACGACGACGGGGCCCCCGGGCGACGGCACGGAGGGGAUGACCAACGCCAGCUCUCCGCAGAAACUAGGUGGUGGAUCGGCCCGACAACCAACUGCUGCGCCCGACGAGGGCUCGUCCGCCUCCAAACCGGCGGCUAGCAGCAUCAGCGAGGUACGGAACGAUAUGGACACCUUGUUGGGACCCUGA